AUGGAGAUGCGCCCUUGGAUUUCACUUCCAAACCCAAUGCUGCUCCUCUGUGAAGAGGAUGGUGAGCUGACAGCUGGCUGCUCGAAAUAUCCACCAAAAAGCAAGGUCUUCUUCUGGGCCAUCUGCUUCAAUGCCAGUGGCUACUUGGGGGGUGCCCCAGCCCUCAGUGAAGAUCCAACUCUCCCUGGGGGCUACACCCAUAAACUAAUGAGCUCAGAUUCAGUCAUCACAGCCAGAGAGUUCGCAAGCCUCCAGCAAGGUGACUGCAGAACCAAGCUCUGCUGUAGAAAGAGAGCUGGUAGCAAGGCGUCUCUUCACCCUCUGCCCAGUAAUACACACAAGGUGGCUUCAUAUACAAGGCAGCGUGGGAUCUCUGAGGAAGCCCUUAAGAGGGCAGUUCCCCUACAGUCUCUUGCCUGCCGCCAUGUAAGACAUGCCUUUGUUCCUCCUUCACCUUCCACCAUGAUUGUGAGGCCUCCUCAGCCAUGUGGAACUCUGAACUGUGCUGCCGUGAUCUCGGCUCGCUGCAACCUCCCUGCCUCGGGCUCCUGUGACUCUCCUGCCUUGGCCUGCCGGGUGCCUGGGAUUGCAGGCGCGCGCCGCCACGUCUGAAUGGUUUUUGUGUUUUUGGUGGAGA